AUGGAGAAUCCAGAGGCUUCCGCAUCUGUCAAUGUGCCUCAUGCAGAAAGUAGCAUUAAGAGUGGCGGGAUGAAAAUGCACAUGCCAAAGUUCAAGAUGCCCAGCAUGGGUUUUUCUAAACCAGAAAUCAAAGGUCCCAAAGUCGAUGUGGACGUCAGCACCCCCAAGGUUGACAUUGAUCUUCCUGAUGUCAGUGUAACCAAGCCUGAAAUCAAAGCAGGUGACAUUUCAGCAGACAUGAAGUUCACAGCACCUGACAUAAAGAUUCCACAGGGGGAAGCUUCCUUGGAACUGAAGGCUCCAGACCUAAACAUUGAGGCACCACCGGCAGAUGUCGCUCUAGGUGGAGUUGAAGCGAAGCUGGAGGGCACGGACACUAAAUUUAAGAUGCCAAAAUUCCAAAUGCCCAAGUUUGGAAUGUCACUUCCCAAGGGGAAAGCCACUGCAGAGAGAGAAAUCACCUUACCUUCUGUGGAAGUGGAUAUCUCCAAACCAGAACUGAAAGGGGAAGUGACCCUGCCCUCUGUGGGCAUCGAGACUGAUGUGAAAUUGCCCGGAGCUGAAAUGAAGGCACCAAGUGUGGAGUUGGAGGUGUCUGAGAAGGGCAAAAUCAAAAUACCUGAUGUCAAAAUGCCAAGCGUCAAGGUCCCAAAAAUAAAACCUCCUCAAGUGGGAGUCUCGCUGCCGAAUGUUGAAGCAGACAUCUCUGUUCCCAAAGCAAAAGUGGAAAUUCCAGAAGCAGAGGUCUCUGUAAAGGUGCCUGAUGCAGAAGGCAGGAUCGAGGGUGGCGGAAUGAAAAUACACAUGCCAAAGUUCAAGAUGCCCAGCAUAGGUUUCUCCAAACCAGAAAUCAAAGGUCCCAAAGUCGAUGUGGACGUCAGCGCCCCAAGUUUGACAUUGCUCUUCCAGACGUCAGUGUAA